AUGUUUUUGCAUAGGUUUCACUUUAUAAUUUCAUCUCACAUACAUGGUCCAUUGGUUGCUGUCGUGGUUCACAAUGUUGCUAAUUGGACAUCUUUCAUGAACAAAUCUAAAUGGGUUGAUGAUGUAAGAGCCGAGCAUGGAAACGACGUGAUCGUAAGACAAGUCUCGAGUGAUAACACUGAGAAGAAGGCAAAAGAAUUAAAUGUAAUGUUUAUUGAAACAAGUGCUAAGGCUGGACAUAAUGUUAAGACUCUUUUAAAAAAGUACUGGAGCUCUUCCUGGGAUGGACACUUCAUCUGA